AUGGUGAGUCUGGCAGCUACUAGUGGUGGAUUUGGUGGAAGGAGGCAUAUCUAUGACCGGAAAGCCCAAGCGUUUUGGAUAACCUACUGUUAUUCCGGAAGGGAGAAUUUCUUUGAAACAUUUGAAAGGAAAAUGGAUGAAAAACGUAGACUGUUAAAGGAAAGUGGUCGCGGGCUUGUUGUUUCCUGGGCUCUAUGUGCUGUAUGCCUCUUGGGCCACUUCUCUCAUUUUUUUGGACCCAAGUUUUCAUGGAUCCAUGCAUUUCACUCCACGGGGUUUCAUAUGUCCCUCUCUUUAUUUACGUUGCUUGGUCCUGGACGCCGACUAAUUGUUGAUGGUCUUAAAAGCCUUAUUAAGGGGGCUCCAAACAUGAAUACUCUAGUUGGUCUUGGUGCUUUAUCAUCAUUUGCUGUCAGCUCACUGGCUACCUUAUUACCCAAACUGGGUUGGAAAGCAUUCUUUGAGGAACCAGUUAUGCUGAUUGCAUUUGUCUUGUUAGGGAGAAAUCUUGAACAAAGAGCUAAAAUUAAAGCCACCAGUGACAUGACUGGACUUCUUAAUAUUUUGCCAUCUAAAGCUCGUCUAGUGGUCAACAGUAAUGCAGAUGAGUCAAGCUCAACUGUCGAAGUUCCUUGUAGCUCUCUUUCUGUAGGAGAUGAAGUCAUUAUAGUACCUGGAGACCGUGUUCCAGCUGAUGGGAUUGUCAAAGCCGGUAGAAGCACGGUUGACGAGUCUAAUUUAACAGGGGAGCCUCUCCCUGUCACUAAAUUACCUGGGGCCAAAGUUGCAGCAGGAAGUAUAAAUCUAAAUGGAACACUUACUGUGGAAGUGCAAAGACCAGGUGGCGAGACUGCCAUGGGGGACAUUGUUCGUUUGGUGGAAGAAGCACAGAGUAGAGAAGCUCCUGUACAGCGGUUGGCAGACAAGGUGGCUGGGCACUUCACCUAUGGAGUAAUGACACUCUCUGCUGCAACAUUUAUGUUUUGGAACCUUUUUGGUGCACGAAUUCUACCAGCCGCUCUUCAUCAAGGAAGUCCAGUUUCAUUGGCCUUGCAGCUCUCUUGUAGUGUUCUGGUUGUUGCAUGUCCAUGUGCCCUUGGUCUAGCAACACCUACUGCUGUGCUGGUUGGAACUUCACUGGGUGCUACAAAAGGAUUGCUUCUGCGUGGAGGAAAUGUUUUAGAAAAGUUUUCAAUGGUGAAUACAAUUGUGUUUGACAAAACAGGGACACUGACAAUUGGUAGACCUGUUGUGACAAAGGUCAUUACUCAAGGGCGCAAAGAGGAUGCAGAUUCAAAACCAAGUUCAAACUGUAACUGGUCGGAAGUUGAUGUUUUGAAGUUAGCUGCUGGAGUUGAAUCAAAUACAAUUCAUCCAAUUGGAAAAGCAAUUGUGGAGGCUGCUAGGGCUAUUAGUGGUUCCAAUUUGAAGAUAGAAGAUGGAACUUACUUGGAGGAACCUGGGUCUGGUGCAGUAGCAACUAUUGAGAACAAAACGGUAUCUGUUGGUACGUUGGACUGGGUUCGAAGGCAUGGAGUUGAUGAGAAUCCAUUUCUAGAAGUGGAGGAGUUUAAGAAUCAAUCAGUUGUCUAUGUUGGUGUAGAUGGUAAUCUUGCCGGUCUUAUUUAUUUUGAGGAUCAGAUCAGAGAAGAUGCUGGGCAUGUUGUUGAAUCUCUAUCUAAGCAAGGAAUAAGCACAUACUUACUUUCUGGGGACAAAAAGAAUGCUGCUGAGUAUGUUGCAUCCGUUGUUGGUAUUCCGAAGGAAAACGUGUUGUAUGGAGUCAAACCAGAUGAGAAAAGGAAAUUUAUAAGACGACUUCAGAAAAAUCAGGGCAUUGUAGCUAUGGUCGGCGAUGGAAUUAAUGAUGCUGCUGCCCUGGCUUCAUCACAUGUUGGAAUUGCAAUAGGUGGAGGUGUCGGAGCUGCCAGUGAAGUGUCUUCUAUUGUGUUGAUGCGUGACAAAUUAUCCCAGUUGGUCGACGCUUUGGAGCUUAGCAGGCUAACCAUGAAGACUGUGAAGCAAAAUCUUUGGUGGGCCUUUGCAUACAAUAUUGUUGGAAUUCCAAUUGCAGCCGGAGUGUUACUGCCAGUGACCGGGAUCAUGCUUACUCCAUCAAUUGCCGGAGCUCUCAUGGGUUUCAGCUCUAUUGGGGUGAUGACAAAUUCAUUGCUUUUGAGGUUUAAGUUCGCAUCGAAACACAAGCAAAUUUGUGAAGCAUCAUUCGAAGACAUCAAAACCCCUCUGGGUUCUGGUCAUCUCACGGAUCAAAUGGACAGAUCGAAGCACCCAUAUACUGCUGGUGCUGCUAGAUGAAGAAAUUCACGAUAGCAAGAGCCCGAGGAAGUUGACUUCAGAAUCAUCAUAGUUUACCCAAACUCUUGCGUUGUCAACAGAAAAAAUAAUUGAAGCAUCUUUAUACGACCACUCGAUUUAGAUGCACGAUGAUCCAGCGUUUUGAGUGUUUUUUUUAACCCAUUUGAGGCUGGGAUUUAAUUUAGAGAGAUCAUUUGACAGUUUUUGCAGCAUGAAAAGCAUGUAGGUUUAAGUGUAUGGGUGGAACAUAAAAUUUUAGGGUCGGUUU